AUGUUUGCCAUUCGAACUAUUCGCCCUGUUGUGGUUAACACCACCCAGAGCGUCGGGUGUCAAAACCGUAAUUAUGCUACUUUAAAAGAAAUUCAAUUACGGCUAAAGUCAGUUAACAGUAUUGCGAAGAUUACAAAAUCGAUGAAAAUGAUUGCGUCAACAAAGAUGAAUCGAGCUCAAAGGGCAAUGGAGGUCGCAAGAACAUUUGGUAGUACUCAAACAGCUUUUUUCACUCAUGCUGAUACCAAACAAACGGAAGAUGGAAAUACCUUAGUUAUCACAGUUUCAUCGGAUAGAGGACUUUGUGGUGGUAUUCAUAGUAGUGUAUCAAAGUUUUCGAGAAAAAUUAUUGAAGGGAAACCAGAUUCUCAAGUAGUAGUAUUAGGAGAUAAGGCAAAAGCUCAACUUUCACGUUCUAUACGUGAAAAUAUUAAACUUUCUUUUAAUCAAAUUGGAAAAUCUAUCCCUACUUAUAAUGAAGCAAGUUCUAUCGCUGAUGUUGUUUUAAAAGAAAAGCUUGACUUUGACCAAGCCACUAUUGUAUAUAAUUAUUUUAAAUCUGUUAUAUCUUAUGAGGCACAAACUAUUCCCGCUUUUUCCGAUGAUGUUUUGGAAAAUUUACAAGAAUUCGCCUUUGCAAAUUCCAUUUACUGGGGACUUGUUGAAGGUCAUGCCGCUGAAAUGGCUUCUAAACGAAGUGCUAUGGAAAAUGCUACCAAGAACGCUGGUGAAAUGAUUGAAAAACUUACUAUGACAUAUAAUCGUGGUCGUCAAGCUGCCAUUACUAAUGAAUUGGGUAAGAAAGGGUGUGAUUUUCCUAUAUAA